UUGUGUGGUUUGUUUUUUUGUUGGUUUAUCACAAGUUCCAUUGAAAAACAACGUGAGGAACGUUUGGGGAAGUGAUUCGUUGAAAAAAACAUGACUGAUAAGCGUUUUAUAGUAAACCUUCAACAGUAAUUUUAAGCGAUUUUGUAAUUAUGAUUGAACAAAAUUUCGUUGAAAUCAACCAGAUAGAUGGGUUUUUAUCAUUUAUUUGGAGCAUCGAUUGGAGAGAUCCUUGGCUUCUUGGGUUAUUUACAUUUCAUAUUACUAUAUUUAUAAUGGCAAUAUUUACUAGAAAUUAUGGAAACUUCCAGGCACUGUUAUUCUUCUGCCUGUUGUUACUCGUUUAUUUUUCUGAAAGUAUCAACAAACUAGCUUCGAGUAAUUGGAAGAUUUUUUCAAGACAGCAGUAUUUUGAUAGCAAUGGCCUUUUCAUAUCAGUAGUGUUUUCAAUGCCAAUCUUAUUGAACUGCAUGUUAAUGGUGGGCAGCUGGCUUUAUCAGUCCACACAACUAAUGAAAAACUUAAAGAUCGCCCAGUUGGAGGAACGAAUAAAAAACGAGAAAAAGCUAGAAAAAUCAAAAUCCAAAGAAGAAUGAAAUGUACUUAACUUUACAUCUAUAUGUUAUUGUAUUUUUAUAUUCAUAAAUUCCAUAUUUUUUGUAACGCAGGCUUUAGUUAUUUAAAAAGGCAUACCUGUAACUGUAAUUGCUAAGUUUAUCAACUAGUUACCUACGACAUUUAAGUCUAAGCAGCGCUGUUAUAUUUUAAUUAUUGACAGAAUAGUGUGAACCAUGUAAACUAGUCAAUUGGAAUUUGUCAUUUUGCCAUUUUAUUUUUAAUGUAUACUAAUUUCUAUCAAAGGUGUCUUUCUUGUUAAAACUAACAUUAGUGUAAGCUUUUUUAUUAAGUAUCUAAGACUGAAUAGUGGAUUGAUAAAUUUAAAUGCACAAUAAAUUACUCCUUCGUAAAAAGAGA